AUGUUUCCACAGGAGUUUCAGACCAUUGAAGGCGUUCUCGAAGUGGGAAGUAUAGAGGUCUACUCUGUGUUUAGCUCUGUCCAGAGCGGCAUGAUCGACCAUACUACUGGGCUCAGUCUCCUGGAGGCUCAGCUCAUCACAUCUGGCCUCGUUCUGCCUCAGUUCAGGAUGAGUCUGGAGCUGGACGAAGCUUACCAUCACAACCUCAUUGACGAGGCCACCUGGAAGCAGCUCAGAGAGCUCAACGAAGCCAAUCGGAGCAUCCUGAGCCCUCCGUUCUCUUCAGAACCUCUCCCUGUGAUGGCAGCUCUUAGAGAGGGGGCCGUCUCUGAGCGCCUCGCCAUGAAGGUUAUAGAGAUCCAGCUGGCUACAGGUGGGUUGAGGGUGUCCUACACAGGUGAUGUACUGACCCUGGAGAGGGCCUUUCAGUUUGGCCUGAUCCCUGCACCUCUGUAUGUCAAGCUCCUGGAGAGACAGAACACAUGGAAGGACCUGAUCAACCCCGGCACGGCAGAGAAGGUCUCGCUCACCCAGCUGGUGCAGAGGAGUGUGGUUGAUGAGGAGACUGGACUGCGACUGCUGCCGGUGAAGAAGAGCCACAAUGGGGGCAUAGAGUUGACAUCCGGAAGGGAGAUAAGUGUACUUAGGGCGGUUCAUGAGGGGUUGAUUGACAGAGAGACUACGUUGAGGCUGCUGGGUGCUCAGCUGUUUGCAGGCGGUAUCGCCGACCCCAAAACAGGCCGUAAGCUCACCGUAGAGCAAGCCCUGUCAGAGGGCUUGAUCGAUCAAGACACUGCCAGUGGGAUACUGAGCCAGCAGGCCCAAAACGGAGGCAUAGUGAACCCUCAGAAUGGCAAAAGGCUAACGGUGGAUGAGGCUGUUCAGUGUGAUUUGAUGAGCUUUAGCAGUGCACUCUUGCUGCUGGAGAAACAGAAGGGGCUCAUGGGACUUUUAUGGCCUCACUCUGGUGAAAUCUUGACAGUUUCCACCUCUUUGCGGCACGAAAUCAUCACCAGUCAGCUUGCAUUCAAACUGCUCAGCAAUAGACAGAAAAUAGCAUCCCUUUACAUACCAGAAAACUCAGAGGUAGUGGAUAUUAACUCUGCUACUCAAAAUGGUUUCAUUGAUGUACACACAGCAGAGGUAUUGAAAACCAUUGAAAUACCAGAUGUUUUUCCUGAUGUUGAUGACCUUAAUGACAGAUUUUCUAACUGGCUGAUGUUGAGAGAGCUUCAGAUUGGAGGAUCCCAUCGCCCUACAGAUGAUAAUGAGAUUGAUUAUGAGAACAUAAAUACCCCAUCUUCCAUCGAGGCAAAACAGUUAUUUAUCUCAUACCUCACAAUGAAUAGUUACAUGGAUCCAAAAUCAGGACAAAGGCUUUUAAUAUUCGAUGGACAGUUGACUAAAAUGGCAGAACUUUUAGUUGACAUUUCAGUAGAGACAACUGGAAACCAGGCAUACAACACUGGACCUGGUAAUGCCACUUUUGAGGACAUUUCACUGAAAGAAGACAUUUCUGAAGAUUCAGAGAUGUCCUUUGAUAGCAAUACUGAGGAUUUUGGAUAUUUGCACAUUAACGAGGAAACAGAUGGAACAAUGAAAGACCAUCAUGCUUCAAAUUUCUUCAAGGAGGAGGAGUCCGAUUAUAAGCAAUCUGACAAUCAAGCAUUUUCUAGUAAUGUGGUAAAGGUGGUAGCACAUGAUGGAACAGAGGAUUUUCCUUCAGCUAUUGACUGUGUAAACAAUACCACUCUGCCUGAUUCUGACAUUAGCAUCUAUCAAAAGAACACCAGCAGUAUAAGUCUAGCACCCAUUGGAAUUGAUGUAGAAUCCUCAGAUAAUCAAUCAAAAGAGACUUUCACUGGAAGUUCAGCCACACAAACUCCUUCCACAGACAUGAGCUUGCCCUCAGGUGCACUGGAUUGCAAAAUGAUGAUAGCACACGAUUACACAGAGAAGUUUCAUAGCUCUGUUAAGAAUACCAGACAGCAUGAUUCUGUUUCGUCUGAUGGCCCAUCACCCUUUGAAAUUGGUUUAGAAACCUCAGAUAAAGCUUUAUAUAAUCAAUCAAAAGGAGAUUCAGCCACACAAGCCAUGUCAGAAAGCUCAACCCGUACUAAAUCAUGCUCAGUGAGUGGCAAAGACAUUAGCUUGCUAGCACAACGCGUCACAGACGAAGCAUCUGUAGCUGUUCAUUCUGAAAAGAAUGCCAGACAACCUGAUUCUAAAGACAACGUUUUGUCUAAUAGCACAUAUCAAAAGACCAGAAACAGUACAAACCCAUCAUCAUUUGAAAUUGGUGUAGAAACUACAGAAAUACCUUCAGAUUAUCAACCGCAAGAGACCGUCAAUGGAGUUUCAGCUUCAGAAACUGUUUUGGAAAGCUCAGCUCCUCCUAGAUUGUGCUUUGUGAAUGACACAGACAUGCGCCUGACAUCAGGUGCCAAGGAUUCUAAAAAGGUGGUGGCAAAAGGCCUCACAGAGGAAGCAUCUGUAGAGGUUAGCUCUUGUAAAAAUACCCGUACGAGCCCAGCGCUAACUGAAAUUGAUUUAGUCACCUCGGAAACUUAUUCAGAUAAUCAACCAAAAGAUACAGCCAAUGGAGUUUCAGCCACACAAACCAUUUUGGAAAGCUCAACUCCUAGAUUCUGCACAGUUGAUUCUGAAAAGACUAUCCAGCAGUCUGAUUCUGAAGCAAUUGUUUCGAAGAAGAAGAAGAUAAACAACACAAGUGUAGUACCCUUUGAAAUUGAUGUAGAAACCUCACAUAUAACUUCAGAUAAUCAACCACAAGAGGCUUUCACUUUCAAUGAAGGGUCAGCCACACAAAUCAUUUUGGAAAGGUCAACCCGCCCACUAUUGUGCUCAGUGAAUGACGCAGACAGGAGUUUCCCCUCAGCUGCACCAGAUUCCAAAAGGAUGCCAGCACAAAAGGAAUAUUCUAGCUCUGAAAACAAUGCACAACAUUCCAAAAUGGAGGUAGGACACGGUUUCAGAGACGAAUCACCCAUAUCUAUUGACUCUGAAAAAAAUACCAGGCAGCCUUCCUUUGAAAUGGGGUUUGUGUCUGACAGAAUCUAUCAAACCAACACAAUGAGCACAAGCCCAACACCAUUUAAAAUGGAUUCAGAAACAGAUAUUGCUUCAGAUAAUCAACCUAAAGGGACUUUCAAUGGAAGUUCAGCCACACAAACAGUACUGAAAAGCUCUACUUUGUGCCUGCCCUUGGCCUCAGUUGCACAAGGUUCCCCACAACGUCCCACAUAUCCAGUGACACCUGGCUGUGAGACAGACAAGGACACCAACUCUGAGUCAUCGCUAUUGGCCACUGUAUCGACAGACACCCUUGACACGACCACAGCGUUUCCAUGCACUGAAGAAGUAGUGUGGGACAAUACAGAUGAGAGAGGACUUGCGACCCACCUUCUCAGACCCCAAGUUGAAGAGGGUGGCAUUUUGUAUAUAAUUUCUGAGAAACGCUGUGAUCUUGACUCACCUUUUGAUAAGGGCCUUGUGGAUGAGGAGACGGUGUUAGAGGUGUCGGCAUUGCAGCUCCACAAGGGAGAUGUGUUAGAGGAAGAGAGAAGCACAGUGGCAACCCUGAAAGAAGUUGUGUCUAAAAGCUCCAUAUCCUCCCAGAUAGCCCUGCAGAUCAUGGAACAGCACAGCAUGUUGGGGGGUGUACAUAACCCCAAGUCUGGAUGUACUAUUAGUGUGAGUGCAGCACUAGAUUCAGCGAUGAUUGAUGAUGAUUUGGCUGAAAAGGUCCUUCACUCAGACCCAGUACACAAAGCAAUCAUCCACCCUGAUAGACACUGUACUCACAGCAUUUCAUAUUCCCAGAGUCUGGGCCUCAUAGACAAUGAUGAGGCUGAGAAUUUACGGCAGCAUCAAACAGACAAAAAGCUGUCGGUUUUGGUUCUUGAUGUCUCUGAUGAGGAAGAAUGGAUAGAGAAUACGGAUGGACAUGCACGGGAAGAUCUGUAUGCAGAAGGAAGCAAAGAACAGAACUGCGAUUCACAGAAGGCCUUACUACCUUCAUUCACCAUUAGUCAUGGGCCUGUAUGUAGACAGAUCAUAUCACCUAUCCUGUCAGAUCAGGUAACAGAGGGACGUGUCAUCCAUGAACUUGAAACAACAUCUUCAUUAAGGGAAGAUAGUGCCUCAUAUUCCCCCACUAGUCCACUGUCAGACAUUGUCCCCGGGUCUAGAAAUUCCAUCCAAAAUUACAUUUUGUCAAACAGAUCAAACUCUCUCAGUUUGAGCGAUAGUGGAGAUAGUGGAGCACCUCAGCGCCAGGCUGAGGAAUUGAGACAGACAGAGGAAGACGGUAGCAGUUCUCUGAGGAGAGACACUGAUAUGUCCUGCGAGGCGGUGGGCUUCACUCCGGGUGAUGGGCAGCUGGGAGCAGGAUACCGUGAGAUAGUGGGGGACCAGACUGUUAGUCCUGUUCAGAGUGACUCAGGCGUGUCCUGCUCAUCACAUAGUGAUUUGUUGUCUGAUGAAAGGAAAAUGGAGAACACUGUUCAGGCGCCAGCCAGCCAGCUAGUGAAGGAGUCAGACCGGAGAAUAGAUAGCUCAUCACCAAGAGAUUUGUCUGGCGGUGUAACAAGCACAGUGUCCGGAGAUGUGGGUGUCAGUGACUCCAUGACACAUGAUAGUGUCCCACCACCUGCGUUGGCGAUCUAUACUGCUCUAAGGAAUGGUUUAGAUGAGCUGGUGAGAAUGAGAGUGGAGGGGGCAGAUGUCGAUGACUUGCAAAAAGCUGAGACUCAAGCAGUGGAGGACAUCAUCAACCUUAUACAGGAUAAUCCACAGUCCCAUGGAAGAGGUUUUGGUGAGGAGACAGAUGCAGCGCCUGGGCUUAUGAUAAGUAGUAGCCCAGAUCUCCUCAGGGAUCUGUUGAAGCAGGAGCCUCUCCGUUCAGGUAAAACUAGUCCGGAGGAAGAGGAAGGGGAACCCCUCCAUGAAGAAACCCCUCCAUCUGAUGUGACCCAGAUUCAGUCUCGGCUUCUGCAGGUUCUUCAAAGUGUAUCCUCAAGCCAAGACCCUGCCAUGCUCAGAGAUGUGAUAGGAACCUUGAGCAGUAUUCUGGGCGGUGCUCCUCACGAGGACAGGCCACACAACCUGGAGAUCCUCCAGGAGGAGGGCUCAUCAGAUGAGGCUGAAGGUGCCGUGGCAGAUCCCAUGGAAGCUCCUGACCUAUGUCAAUCUACAGAGGUUGAAACCAUUUCAGACACAGGCAAUGCUGAAGCAGUUCAAUCUAAAGUCAGGCAACAGUACUCCACCCAGGAUUAUCUGGAGUGUGUUGGCAGACUUCAGGAUCAUGCAGAUGUUCUAGAGGAGAUCAUGAAUGUCCUGUCAUCCCAGCAGGGCUCUCUGAGUAACAAUAUGGAGGAGUUGCAAAGUCAUCUGGAUGAAUCUCAGGCCCAGUUGAAGUCAACAUACCAUGAUCUCCUCAGUACCCUUGAUAGACUAUCAGGCUGUAUUCAUGACAACUCUGAGAUGGCCUGCAACCUCGACAUCCUGAACACAUCUGACGUGGACACAGUGAAAGACAUGAUCCAAAAGAACAAGGGCAUGGAGACUAAUCUGUCAGGGACCCACAGACAUCUGGAGGACACUGCGUUUGACAUCCAGUACUUUAUCUCAGAGCAUGCUCAGUUCCUGAGUCCGACCCAGAGCAGGCACCUCCUCAAAUCUCUCAGCGCCACCCAGAGGGCGUUUAAGGAACAGAUGGAGAGGGUGGCCAAACAGAGACGUACCCUGGAACAUCAUCUGGAGAUCAGAGAGGACGAGAGUCAGCAGAAGUGGGGGACGUUUUCCCCCACCAACCUCAGUCAGCACUAA